CAUUUACCCAACACUGGUGUCAAAUAACCAUUUUUUAUCAAGAAAAUUGUCACUGACGAUGACAAUUAUCGCCUUAUAAAGUUAAUUAUCGGACGUUCAUGUUUGUAUACAUACAAAUAGUUUAUUAAAGACAAUUUUUGUUUAAAAAACAAUGAAUAUUGAUUUAUUUCUUACAUAUUAAUAAUUAUCUAGUUACAACAAAAUAAGUCAUUGUAAUUUGUAAGCCAUCAUAAUUUUUCAUAAUUUUGUUUUUGACUCACGUUGUACAAAAGUGACGAAAGCAGACGAACAACACAGUGUCAAAUCCGUCGACAUAACAACGACGGACUGACGGUAUUUUUCCCGACGUAGAUCGUCGUAAGCAAUCUACAACUGUGCAAAAAUAUUGUGAAAAAAAUAAAAUUCAGGUGGUAACAAGUUUGCCACCAAUUAAACGGACUAAAUCCGUCCUUUUUUUUUGUGUUUAAUCAGAUUUCUGAUUUUCCUAUUUUUUUUUUUCUUCUUUGUGCUAAAUUUUUUUUUCGGGUUAGUAUAUAUUGAAGUCGACUCAAAGGUCGUUUCAAUUUUUUCUGCAAUACAAAUUCGAACAUGGCUUAUUAAAAAGAUGAAGGGUCAUCAGCAAUUAAUUUUUUCUCCCCGCGGAGCAGAGAAUAUCUCUAUCAGUGAAUAUUAUAAUAUUUUUUUAAAAUUAGGACUGUCACGGGUCCAAUUAGUUAAUAAUAAAAAUGGAGAAAAAACCAACAAAAUACAAUCAGUCAAGCUCGAGCAAGGUCACAGCUACUGAAUCAAAAAAAAAUCAAGAUGGUGUCAGUGGAAAAAAUUUUCCAAAGGGGUCUAAGAGGCGCGAACCACCACCAAGUGCCAAGAUUGAAACGUCAAGAAAAUCAAAUAUGCAAAAAACACGAAAUUCUGAUAAGAGACCAAAACCUAAAGGACAAUAUUAUGCUUGUCCAAAGGAGAAUACCAAGAUAAUUCAUGAUGAAACUGCCGAGUUUGGCUCGGUUAUGGUACCAGGAAGUAAAAAACAGAAUUUGAAUCAUCUGUUAAAUUUUCAUUAUGAACCACGUGAAAUACAAGGUGGUUCAUCUGGUCGACGUAAUUAUGAUCGAUCAAGUAAUUACAAUCGUUGGGUUCCAUCUGUUCAACGACAAAAAUACAACAAAGAAUUAUUUUUACAAGCAAACUGUCAAUUCGUUGUCACUGCCAAUGGUAAUUAUUCAGUCAAUUUAUUAGAUCCAGAUACAUUAGUAGAUUGGACACUGAUUGAACAAAUCAAAUUACAUACAACAGAAAACUUGAGUUGUCCAAUUUGUUUGGGUCCUCCAGUAGCUGGAAAAAUGACAAAAUGUGGUCAUGUAUAUUGUUGGCCAUGUAUUCUUCAUUAUCUUUCAUUAUCCGAUAAAAAUUGGCGUAAAUGUCCAAUUUGUUAUGUACCAGUUGAUAAAUUAGAUCUUAAAAGUGUUGUUGAAAUAACAGAGUAUCCAUUAAAUAUUGGUGAUUCAGUUAAUCUUCGCUUGAUGCGUAGAAAAAGAGGAUCAUUACUUGCAAUGCCUGUGCAAGAAAUUGAUACACUAGAUCCAACAAAUUUCAUCAAUGUUGCUGAUCAUAAUAAUCAAAUAUUUUCAAAGCUACUUAUUGCAAAUAAUGAUGAUGUCAAUGAUAUAAUUCAAAAUGAAAAAUAUGAGCUAAAACGUGAGCUAAAUGAAGAUCCUCAUUCACCAGAAAGUUGUUUUAUUGAACAAGCAUUAAAUGAAUUAUCAGAACGUGAAGAAUUAAUAUCAAAAACAAGUAAAAAUAAUUGUCAUAUUGAUAAAUCAACAAUUCAAAAUAAUGAUAUUAUUGAUGAUGAUAAUAAUACUAAUGAUAUGGAAAAAUUUUUUUACUUUUAUCAAUCUGAUGAUGGACAACAUGUUUAUUUACAUGCAAUGAAUGUUAAAAUGUUAGAGCUACAAUUUGGAAGUUUAAAAAAUUCACCAACAAUUAUAACUGGUAAAUUACUGGAAAAAGAAUCAUCUAAUUUUACUGAAGAUAUGAGAAAACGUUUAAGAUAUCUGAGUCAUUUGCCAUUAACAUGUUCAUUUGAUGUUGCUGAAAUUGAAUUAACAACACCAUUAAUAUCAGAUGAUAUAAUGAGUUUUUUUACACCACAAAUAAUGGCAAGAGAAAAAAGACGUAAACGAAGAGAUAAAGAUGAAAAAAAACGUGAAAAAAAAAUUAAUAAUGAAGAAAAUAAAAAAAUGGGAAAAUUUCCAACACCAAAUGUUCAUAUUGAGUCGCAUAAACAUUUUCCUCAGUGGCAAACUGAUACAACAAGUUCAAGCAUGGACAUUCCAUCACCUCCAGAAUCAUUAACAACUCUUAGUCUUGCUUCAAGUCCAACACGAAGUGCCUUUGGUGAUCACGAAUCAAUUGAUGAUUAUGUAACAUAUUCAUCAAACAAUGACCAAGGUGGUCCAUCAUUUGCCCAGAUGCUUCUUAAUAAAAAUUCAAAUCAUACCAAUUUUUGUUCAUGGCCAUCAAUGAAUCGUCAUGGUCAUUCAAAUGCAGAUACAACAAAUAAACAACACAAUAAAAAUACAACAAUUGAUGAUAAUGAAUGUGGUGCUGCACCAAGUUACAGUCAAAGUUUUGGUGAUGUUCUUGCACAGGCACUUGAAGCUUCUGUUACUCUUGAUGAUUCUCAAUCUUCAAAAAUUAAAACGAAGAAAAAAAAACGUGGUAAACAAACGUUGCUUUUUACAACUGGAAUGAGCAGAGCUGAUUGAAAUAAAACUAAUAAAAUUAAAUCAUGUUAAUCAAUUAUAUUCUUUAAGGGUUAACUGAUUGUUGACAAAAUAAUUAUUUGAUUUAAAAAUUAAUUUCGUUUUUGGGUUCUUUUUUGAUAAAUUAUCUAAACUGCAUGUCAUUGGAUCGUAUGUAACAGCAAUAAAAUUAAUACAUGUAUUUCAAGUACUGGAGUAAAUUGAAAGAAAUAAAUAUCAAAUUAUUUAAAUAUUGUUGUGUUGAAAGUUUAUUGUUUAAUAUUUUAAUUUAUUUGUCUGUUGUUAAGUUGUAGUUUAUUUUUAUUUCUAAAUCAAUUUAAAAAUUUUUAUUCUUUUAAAGGUUUUUUUUUUUUAUUAUAUUAGAUUCUUUUAAAGGAUCACAAAGAAAAUUUAUUUUCAUUCCAUUAAUUGAUUAGUAUUGUUGGAAUUUUGUACUAAAAAAUAAUUAAUUGCAACGAAUAAUGAAAAUAUUUGAAAACAAAAACUUGACUGUAAAUUAAAAUUUCUACUUCUAACCUUAAUUUUAAAAUGAUACCUGAAAGCCAAAAUAAUUUAUAAAUUAAAUAAUAAAGGAUAAUAAGGUAAUAAAUUUAAAAAACAAUAAAUUCAAUUUUGACGCUUGUUAUUUAUUUAUCAAAUCGAAUGAUUUUCGCUAAGACUAUAACAUCACAGAGCAUAAAAAUAAGAAAAAAAAAUAAAAAAAAAUAAGAAAAAAAAAUGAUGCAACGAUGGAAUUGUUGAUUGUAGAAUGAAAAAAAAGUUGAUGUUUUUUUUUUUUUUAAAAUUUAAAAGAGAAAUUAUUUAAUCGA